UACAAGGGCUUGGACAUCAUCACGAACAAGGUUUCUCCCCGGGAGCAGCGUCUGUGUAGACACCAUAUGAUCAGCUUUGUGGAUCCCCUUGUCUCUAACUACACAGUGGUGGAUUUCAGAGACAAAGCCGUGGCUCUGAUUGAAGAUAUCUUUGCCCGAGACAAGAUCCCAAUUGUUGUGGGAGGAACCAACUACUACAUCGAGUCCCUGCUCUGGAAGGUCCUUAUCAACACCAAGGAGAAGACCAGCGUGGCCCCCAGGCCAGUCACCGACAGGAAAGUGGAGCUGGAGCAGCUGGAUGGGGUUGAGCUCCAUCGCCGCCUGAGCCAGGUAGACCCAGAGAUGGCAGCCAAGCUACAUCCCCACGACAAGCGCAAAGUGGCCAGGAGCCUCCAAGUGUUUGAAGAGACGGGGAUCCCCCAUAGUGAAAUCUUGCACCAGCAGCAGGAGGAAGAAGGUGGGGGGCCCUUAGGGGGGCCCCUGAAAUACCCCCAUUCCUGCAUCUUGUGGCUCCAUGCAGACCAGGCAGCUCUGGACCAGCGGCUGGAGAAGCGGGUGGAUGACAUGCUGGCUGCGGGACUACUGGAGGAGCUGCGGGACUUCCACCGACGCUACAACCAAGAGAAGGUGGCCGAGAACCGGCAGGAUUACCAGCACGGCAUCUUCCAGUCCAUUGGUUUUAAGGAGUUCCACGAGUACCUUGUCAGUGAGGGGAAUUGCUCACCCGAGACCAGUGCUCUGCUGCUGCAAAAAGGGAUCCAGGCACUGAAGCAGGUGACCAAGAGAUAUGCCCGGAGGCAGAACAAAUGGGUCCGAAACCGCUUCCUGAAACGUCCCGGGCCCAACGUACCCCCGGUGUAUGGCUUGGAGGUGUCUGAUCUCAUGCGGUGGGAGGAGGAUGUGCUGAAACCUGCUCUGGAAAUUGUGGAGAGCUUCAUCCAGGGACGUGACCCCCCAGCAGAGCCCGUGAAGAUGGAGUACGAUGUAAACGAGAACAAACGGAGUCAUCGCAUGUGUGAGCUCUGUGACAGAGUCAUCAUCGGGGACAGGGAGUGGGCAGCUCACACACGAUCCAAAUCCCACCUGCACCACCUGAAGAAGAGAAGGAAGCUGGAGGCCGCCAGCCGCGCUGCGGAGGCCGAGGGGGACGGUGGGGGCGCAGAGACCUUGGGCGAGGACAGCGGCGUGCCUUUGCCGUAG